UAGGAAACCAGUCAUCAAGUUCGCCACAGAUCGACCUAUCCUCCAGCAGCCUCAGUCCGUCUUCCGAGUUCCUCCAGUCACUGGACACACGAGAGACUUCAACAACGGCGCUGCACUCCGCCCUCUUCACAUCUUCUGUUGCGGCACCCGACUGUUCCUGCGAUGUGUUCUCAGUCCAGCAGAACUGCACCCAGGAGAGCUGUACAGACAAACACAACUGCUCUUCCACCCAAGACAUGCCCUGCAGCAGUGUUAUAAUAGCAGCAGCCACGUCGGUGACACUACCAGAGUCUUACUUCAUCAAAAAGUCUAGUUCAAUGUUCUCGGUGUAUACUACAGCCUCUACAACACCAGGGUCAACUGGAGACCCAUGCGUCAAUAACCCAUGCCCUCCCCACUCCCAGUGUCAAGGUGUCGGCUACUCCUAUACCUGCACAUGUGACCCCGGAUACAGCAAACAAUCCGACAGAUGCGUAGACAUUGAUGAAUGCCUCAGCUAUCCAUGUCCAGAAAAUGGCGUCUGCACCAACACAGCUGGUGGCUUCUUCUGCUUUUGUCGCUCAGGUUUCGUCGAAAGAGGAGAUCGUUGUGAAGAUGUCGACGAAUGUGCAUCUGGACUGUGUCCACUUCACUCAAACUGCACCAACACAAUCGGUUCAUUCCUUUGUAACUGUUGGAGUGGCUUUCAGCUCAGCAACGGCUUGUGCAUCAAUGUUGACGAGUGUUCAUCCAGUCCAUGCUCACUAAAGGCCACAUGUAUAGACAAUGUCGGCAGCUUCUCUUGCGAGUGUCUUCAGGGUUAUGUGAAGGAAAAUAAUAGUUGUUCAGAUAUUGACGAGUGCUCCCGCCCUGACACAUGUCGUGUCCAUGCACAGUGCCACAACACCGACGGAGGUUACAACUGCACCUGUAGCUCAGGUUACCAAGACACCGGGGUAUGUCGACGAAUGUAG